AUGGACGUGAUGAUCCGUGCGAGGAUGAACUUGAUCAUCAUCGUGUGCGGCUGCGUUUGUGUCAGUUUUGCUGGAGCCUCAGAGACGGAGCGGAGGCUGCAUCAAAAGCUCUUUGAGAACUACAACAUGAAAGUCAGGCCAGCUGCCUACUGGGAGGAGAAGGUGAUUGUUCGAGUGGGGAUGACCCUCUCACAGCUCGUCAGCCUGAAUGAGAAGAACGAAGAGAUGACAACCAACGUGUUCAUGAACCUGGCGUGGACAGACUACAGGUUGUCGUGGAACCCAGAGGACUUUGACAACAUUCAAGUUUUGAGGAUUCCUGCCAUCAAAGUCUGGCGUCCAGACAUCUACCUCAUCAACAAUAACGACGGUCAGUUCGACGUGGCUCUCUACGUCAACGUCUUGGUCGACAGCGACGGGACCGUCAACUGGCUUCCGCCCGCCAUCUACCGCAGCUCCUGCUCUAUCGAGGUGUCCUACUUCCCAUUUGACUGGCAGAACUGCAGCAUGGUUUUCCGCUCGUACACCUACGACGCCUCCGAGGUGGAGCUGCAGUACUUUCUGGACGACGAGGGCAAAGAGAUCCAGGAGAUUGUAAUAGACGAGAACGCUUUCACUGAAAACGGAGAAUGGGCCAUCUGCCACAAACCCUCCAGAAAGAACAUUAAGGAGGACCUGUAUGAGGACAUCACCUUCUACCUCAUCAUACAGAGGAAGCCUCUUUUCUACAUCAUCAACAUCAUCCUGCCCUGCGUCCUCACCAGCGUGCUGGCCAUAUUUGUCUUCUACCUGCCUCCUGGAGCAGGAGAGAAGAUGACUCUCUCCAUCUCCGUCCUCAUCGCUCUGACUGUUUUCAUGCUUCUGCUGGCUGACAGGGUCCCCGAGACUUCCCUCGGCAUCCCAAUUAUUGUCAACUACGUGAUGUUCACCAUGAUCCUGGUCACUUUCUCUGUCAUCCUAAGCGUAGUUGUCCUCAAUCUGCACCACCGAACGCCCAGCACGCAUAUCAUGCCGACCUGGGUCCGAAAGGUGUUUAUUCACUUCCUGCCCAAGUACAUUGGCAUGACGAGGCCAAACCCAGAGGAGCCUCUGUUAGAGGAGGAGUCGAGUGAGGACUCGCCCAUCCGAAGCUUCAAUGGCAGGCAGCCUGGAGGAGAGUACUUCUUCCGAAAGAUCAACCCUGACCUCGUCGCACCCUGGAGAGGCCGAUGUGAGAGCACGGUGCAGCUCCAGCGGCUCCCGGACACUAACAGCUACUGUCUGAUCCUCCCUCCCAACCUGAAGUCAGCCAUCUCUGCCGUGACUUACAUGGCAGCGCAGCUGAAGAAGCAGGACAUGGACGACACGAUAACAGGAGACUGGCAGUUCAUCGCCCUCGUGGUGGACCGUCUGUUCUUGUGGUUGUUUGUCAUCAUCACCACCCUGGGCACCUUGGCCAUGUUCUUGGAUGCCAGUUUCAACUACACGCCCGACGAGCCCUUCCCUUAGAAGACUGAACCCCGAUACUCAAAGGAGUCGGGCUGCGAUGCAUUGUUUGACCUCACUUCUUUCUUAUUGGUGACUUGUGAGAUGUCCAUGGAUCACCUAUUCCAUAUUUCUGUGGUGAGCCCAUGGAAUGUUCUUUAAGGUCAUAAUUGCAUUAUAGUAGAAGCAUGUGUACUAAAUAACAAAUUCUGUGUAUAGAUUUAUAAAAAGGUAAAUGUGCGCACACAUUUUUUGUCUCAAUCAUGUAUGUAACACAUUUCAGUCUCAAAGUACAUUUCUCACAAGUGACAGUGUUUGCCUUCCGUAUUUGUCCAGUGCAAUAACAGUGAUUACACUUAGUGACUGUUAUGUGGGCCUGUGGCCACACGGGGGCAGUAACAUACUUGUGAAUUCAAAAGAGCCCUGCCAUAUACAGUGUGUGUGUGUAUACACACAUAUCUUAAAAUCAAAAGUCUAAACCAGUUCAAUGUCAUCUUUAUAUCACCAAUAUGAAUGGUAAACAACCAUAUACCGUAGAGCGUAUGCAAAUGCAGAAGACCCACGUGUACGGCUACACUAAGGAUGGGUAAAGAUAAAGAGUAGUAAUCAUUAAAGAUCACAGUAUUGCUUAGCUCCGAUGUUAUCGGAGCUUUUAAAGUGCUUUUUCAUGCUUCGGUGGACGGCAAUUCAAUAACACUCUGCAGCGUGCAGCUCCUCUGAUCCUUCAGCCCCUGCACACAGACGAGCUCACAGAGCAAGGGCAGCGAGCAGGGAGGAGGCCGCGUGAACCUGGGGAAGUGAAGAUAACUCGAUCCGACUGAGCCGGUUACUGUUCACAAAAGCCAAACUGCAUCAAUACAUCUGCUUAACAAGCACGGUCAAGUAAACAAAAGGGAAACCCAUUUCUAUAUCUGCCAUCAGCAGCCUCCCAUCCUCUUCUGCCAUGUUUACACCAGCCAGCUGAGACACAGCAGCAGACAUUUACUUUACACUUGUAAACAUUACUGUUGCUGCUCUCAAAACAGUUAUAUUCAUGCAGCGCGUUGGUUCAUAUUAUCAUGUGUUAUUCAAAGUGAACAUAAAAUGUAUAGAGAUAGUGUAUUUAAAACAUUACAAAAGGCAUAUUGGCCCCAUUGUAUGAGUCAGUUUGAAGUGAUGUUUGCAUUGGUUACCUGUUAGGGGCUGGUGACAUCAGAGCGAAGUCAAGACCUACAUUUAUGAUGAGAUAGGUGCAUAUAAAAAAACAAAACCAUUUCAAUUCAUGAGAAACCAUGGUGAGCUUUGCUUUAAGAGCCUUAGUUCAUCAACUAUAUUUAAACAGAUACUGUGGCAAUUAUAAUUUAUCUUUUAAUUAACUAGAUAUUGCUAGAAUACUAUUUAAAAAAACAUAAUACACAUACUGGAUACAUCUGGAUCCUCCCCCUGAUGCUCACCAUGCAUCACCAAGAAAAAACAGCCAGAGCCGCUGAAGGUCACGGCCCAAAGUUCUCAACAAAAUAAUAGUAUUUGUAUACACCCUGCUUUCCAUGUUUGCAUCUGUUCAACCAUUUUGAAUUCUAAUCAUGUAAUAUUUUGUAAUUUGUAAUAUGGAUGAUAUAUUAUAGUUUGUUAGAAUAAUUUAUUUCUCAUACAGUCUACUUUUGCAGGUAGACCUACUGCCAUAUAUAUGAAAGACAAUAAAGAUGCACUAACUCAAAC